CUCCCUUACAAUGUCCUCCUUCGCAAUCCCACCCACCGGAGCCUCCCCCUCUCUCAAACCUUUCGUAGUCAACAUUGCUGAAGCCCGCGUCUCAGAACUCCACCAGCUUGUCAAACUAUCCAAAAUCGGCAUCCCAACCUACGAGAACCAGCAAGCCGACGGCCGCUUCGGUAUCUCCCGCGACUGGCUGAUGGACGCGAAAUCCGAGUGGGAGAAAUUCGACUGGCGGGAAAGCGAGAAAUACAUCAAUACCUUCCCGCACUUCACCGCUCCUGUCCCGGAUGAAAAGAGCGGGAACGCGGACGGUGUAUUCAAUCUCCACUUCGUGGCUCUAUUCUCGAAGCGAGCCAAUGCGAUCCCGAUUGUGUUUCUGCAUGGGUGGCCGGGGAGCUUUCUCGAGUUCUUACCUAUGCUGGAGGUUGUGAGGGGGCAGUAUUCGGAGGAGACGCUGCCGUAUCAUGUUAUCGUGCCGAGUUUGCCGGGGUUUGUGUUCUCGGAUGCGCCGCCGGCGGAUCGGGGGUUUGGGGCGGAGGACGUGGCGAGGAUUGUGAAUGCGGGGGUGAAGCUGUUGGGUUUAGAGGCGUAUAUGGUGCAAGGCGGAGAUAUUGGGAGUCGAGUCGCCCGCAUCUCGGCUGUGAAGUAUCCGGAGGUAAAAGCGGCCCACCUAAACUUCUGCAUGAUCCCUCCACCCCCCUCCCACCCCACCAGCUCCACCCCCUCGCCAGAAGAGCAAGCCGGUCUAGCCCGCCUGGCCCAAUUCCAAUCCUCCGGCUCGGCGUACAUGCAAGAGCACGCCACCCGCCCCGCCACCAUUGGCUUGUGCCUCUCGUCCUCCCCCCUCGCCCUCCUCGCGUGGAUCGGCGAGAAAUUCCUCGCCUGGUCCGACACCCCCCCAUCUCUCCCCACAAUCCUCGAAGCGGUAUCGCUGUACUACCUCACCGACACGUUUCCGCGCAGCAUCUUCACGUACAGGGAGCCCGGGAUCGCGGGGGAUCCGGCGUGGUUCAUCGCGAAGCCGGUGGGGUUUAGCUGGUUUCCGAAGGAGGUGGCGCCCGUGCCGAGGGCGUGGGUGGAAAGCACGGGCAGGGUGGUGUGGUGGCGGGCGCAUGACAGAGGCGGGCAUUUCGCGGCGUUGGAGAGGCCGGGGGUGGUUUGGGGGGAUGUGGAGGGGUUUGUGGGGGAGGUGUGGAAGGGGGAGUGA